AUGUCAUGGCGGUCAUGCAGAUGUCGUGAAAACAAGAUCGGAGAUACUGCAUUGCAUGCAGCAUCGUGGAAAGGCCACAGAGAAUGCGUAGAGUUGAUGUUAGAGAAUGGUGCCAACACAUGGGUUCGAAACCGCGAUCAAAAGUUGCCAAUCGAUGUUGCCAAGGACGCUGAAGUAGCAGGUUUGAUUGAACAAGUAAUGAGGCGAGAUACAACGAAUGAAGAUUCUCUCAAGGAGUAUAUGUCUGGAUCUGACAAAGAAGACGAUCAUCUGUGA